AUGUCCGGUCAAACUAGCUGUUCUAUAAAUAUCUAUAAAUUUAUCUAUAUAUUAUUAUAUAUUUUGGUUCAGGUAACAUUACUGGCUUGGGUGUCGUUGAAGUCUUUUACUUCUGCGCAAGAAUAUCUCCCACCUAAAACAAACGCAGGCAGUGGCGGUGGCGGCAAUAAGAAACCAAUAGUUGAACCAACUUUACCAGCAAAUUAUGAAUUCACAUAUGAUGUGCAAGAUAAUGGUGUCUCUUUGGACUUCGGACAUAAUGAGAAACGAAAGGAUGACCGUGCCCAGGGCUCAUACCACGUGUUGUUACCAGAUGGGAGGACACAACUUGUCGAAUAUGAGGCUGGGCCCGACGGCUACCGACCACAAGUGAUGUACAUGGGUACAGCGACAUACCCGUCGCAAGCCGGCGGUGGUGGUGGCGGCGACAAGUUCGAUGGGUACCACUACAACGCAGCUUCGAACAGACAGAGUGUGAGACAGUCGGCGCCGCGUGGUGGACGCCAGCCUGGCGCCGCGCCUCCGCCCGCGCCCGCGCCGCCUCUGCUCUAUGCGGCGAGCAACGCCACGCAGUAG